AUGAGUACCGGAGAGGGAGACGUGGAUCUUGAAGAAAGUAUUGAUUCACCAGAAGAAGAUCAGGAAGACAGCGAAAGUGAAGAUGAUGGAGAGGAAGAGCUGCAAGAGGAUAUUUACGGUCGCACUGUCAAUAGAAAAACUGGUCAAGUGAUUGGAGCAGACCCGAAAGCUGCUUUGAAGAAGCUAGAGGAUCUUGAUGCUACAGGUGGCAAUGACGAGUCGAAAAUGGAGAUUGAACGAGUUCUGCUUGGAACUAUAAAUAGGCAAGUGAUUUUAUAUGAGUUCAAACAGGCUAAUAACGUCAAGUCAUGCUUAACACGGAUCAUACUUCGGUUGAUUGGCUCGCCUUAUCGACUACAGGAUCAGCUACUUUCGUUAUAUGCACUUUUUAUUGCCCAUAUACAUGCUUUCAUCAGCGAAGAGAUCUGUACG